AUGCACGAACCAGACGAAAUAAUGCCUGAAUUUUAUGCGCCACUGGAAAAUUGGACGGUGACCCAAGGCCGAGACAUAUACUUUACGUGCACGGUGAACAAUUUGGGAAAGUACAAGGUGGCUUGGAUAAAAUCGGACUCUAAAGCAAUUUUAGCAAUCCACACGAACUUGAUUGCUCACAAUCACAGACUGACCGUCACCCACAAUGGACACAAUACUUGGAAAUUGAAUGUGAUCAAUGUUCAAAAAAACGAUACUGGAAGUUACAUGUGCCAAAUAAAUACGCAACCGAUGAUACUACAGGUUUGA